GUCCGCGCGCUCCGGCGAGGGGCAGCAGGAGCUAGAGCCGAGCGCGGACCCAGCCCCGGACCCACCGCCGCCCCAGGCCGCCUAGCAGAGCCCCAGCCAUGGCACACCAGCUCCUGUGCUGCGAGAUGGAGACCAUCCGCCGGGCGUACCCCGAUGCCAACCUCCUUAACGACCGGGUGCUGCGGGCCAUGCUCAAGGCGGAGGAGACCUGCGCGCCCUCGGUGUCCUACUUCAAGUGUGUGCAGAAGGAGAUCCUGCCGUCCAUGCGGAAGAUCGUAGCCACCUGGAUGCUGGAGGUCUGCGAGGAGCAGAAGUGCGAGGAGGAGGUCUUCCCGCUGGCCAUGAACUACCUGGACCGCUUCCUGUCGCUGGAGCCCGUGAAAAAGAGCCGCCUGCAGCUGCUGGGGGCCACCUGCAUGUUCGUCGCCUCGAAGAUGAAGGAGACCAUCCCCCUGACGGCCGAGAAGCUGUGCAUCUACACUGACAACUCCAUCCGGCCCGAAGAGCUGCUGCAAAUGGAGCUGGUCUUGGUGAACAAACUCAAGUGGAACUUGGCUGCCACGACCCCGCACGACUUCAUUGAACACUUCCUCUCCAAAAUGCCGGUGGUCGAGGAGAACAAACAGAUCAUCCGCAAACACGCGCAGACCUUCGUUGCCCUCUGUGCCACAGAUGUGAAGUUCAUUUCCAACCCGCCCUCCAUGGUGGCUGCCGGGAGCGUGGUGGCCGCAGUGCAAGGCCUGCACCUGGGAAGCGCCAACAGCUUCCUGUCCUAUCACCGCCUGACGCGGUUCCUCUCCAAGGUGAUCCGGUGUGACCCGGACUGCCUCCGCGCCUGCCAGGAGCAGAUCGAAGCCCUCCUGGAGUCCAGCCUGCGCCAGGCCCAGCAGCAGAACUUGGACCCCAAGGCCGCGGAGGAGGAGGAGGAGGAGGAGGAGGUGGACCUGGCCUGCACGCCCACCGACGUGCGUGACGUGGACAUUUGAGGGCGCCGCGGCGGGGGAGGGGCCGGCCCGGGCUCCGUGGACAGAGCCGCCCAGGCCCGGCCGCCGUCAGAAGGCAGCCCGCUCCUCAGUGUCUUGGUGUUUUCCUUUGCCCUUUCUCCCUU